CAACGCCAGACGAAACAAAAACAAGUUCAAAGUAAACCAGUUAUUUUUGUGCCUUCACGUGAACAAGUUGCUGCCAUUUUCUUAAAUAAUUUCCAUUAAUAUCAUUCCUUUGACAUAACUUUAAUAAUUAUAUAAUAAUACACAAUUAAAAAGCUUUUGACAUAAUUCCAAAAUAAGUGUUCGUUAUCCUUUGUUUGAAGAAGUUUGUGCGACGUUGCCGCUCCGACUACGGACUUUUGUUCAUCGUAAAACUUGUCCGCCAUUGAACAAAACUAACAAUUUGCAACUUCAAGAAAGUCUGCGACAUAUUUAAACUAAGAUAAACAAUAAGUAAUGCUUAAGUGUUUUGAAAUGUGUGCAUUUGAACGUUUUCAAUUUUCUGACGCAACAUCGAUCUGGCAACAGCGCGCGGAAUCUGAAUGAAUUACUCUCUCUAAUGUAUUAGCGAAAACCACAUCGGAUUUUAUCCGAAUUCACACAUCCACUCCAUUUUUAUGAGGUACUAGGGCCUCCGCGCCCGGUCCUCAAAGUUCGGGAGUCGAGUCGUGGGCGGAUCGGCACGGGCAAUAUACAACGACGACAGCCGCUGCUUGCUCCAACACACGCUUAGGUGCCGAUUCACCCUCCGCUCGCGCGAUUAUCCCGACUAUGUUGAGAGCGGGCGCGAGCCACCCGGAUGCCGACAUGGCGACCACAUCGCGCGACGACGCGCGGCUUUACGCCACUCUCAACGAGUACCUGCUCAUGGAACAUAAAUACACGCCCAAACUGCGGUUGCCUGUUGAGUCUGAGAACGGCGAGGUGACGACUGGCGCUCGCGACGGCGCCGCGCACGUCCUCCGCUGUCUCAAGAUGUGGUUCGACCUGCCAGGCGAGGUCCUCAUCGACGCUAUCAACUUGUUCGACAGAUUCCUGACCAAGAUGAAGGUGCGUCCGUGCCACGUCCCGUGCAUCACCGUCUCGUGCAUGAACAUUGCGAUCGACGAGUACGCCGCGAGGAACAACGCCAAGCGGAACGUCUCCAUUGAAGAACUUGUAUCAAUAUCUCAGUCGGCGUGCACGGCGGGCGACGUGUCGCGCAUGUCGCACAUCGUGGUGGACAAGCUCGGGCUGGCGCGCGGCGGCGGCGGCUGCGGCGGCGCGGUCACGGCGCUGCACUGGCUGCGGCUGCUGCGCGACCUCAUGCGCGCGCACCUGCCCGAGGACGAGCUGUUGGCUGAGGAGAGCGAGCUGGUGAACCUACUAGAGAUAGUGUCGUGCGACGCGACGUGCGCAAACGCGCGCGCCAGCGAGCUCGCACUAGUGCUGCUGUUUCACGAACUAGAGAAGCAGUUGGUGGAGCGGUCGGAGAAGGGAGUGCCGGUGCCGGAGAGCGUCUAUUAUCUGUACAACUUCGCAAGGCAGCUACAGAUACACUGCCAUAUGUCGGACGCGUCGCUGACGGCGUGGCGCGCGCGCGUGCGCGUGGUGCUGGCGCAGUACGAGGCGCGGCGCGCGCUGCCGCAGCGACAGCGCCUCGUGUGGCGCCUCUCCGAGCGCACGCUCAAGGUGCUGCGCCCCACCGACCGCCUCACCUCGCUGCUGCCCACCAUACAGGAGCAGCACAACGACCUCACGCCCUCCAGGAACAGAUCCGGCAGUGAAAGCAGUGAGAAUGAAGAAACAUCUGAUUGGCCGCGCAGCCCAGUGCUGCCCGUCUACUGUGGCAACUGACCACAAACCAGAAAGUUACAUGGGACCAGAGACAAUAGAUAUCAUAGACUAAGACAGCCGCCAUCCAUAAACUACGCAUUUGUGAUAUAAUAUAGUUAUAAAUUUACAGGCAAUAUGGAUGGCUUAGUUAAAUAUACAUAAAUGUUAUUCCGGUUUAUUGAAAUCGCCAGUUAGGGACGGGGCAGCUAUGGCGUCCGUUUUUGCGCCGCGUUCCGUUUUUCCAGUUUUAAUAUUCGGUUUUGAAAAUACCGAUAAAAGUACCGGGAUUUUUUUCCGGUAACCGGAACGGACCGGGACAAAAGCGGGCGCGUCAUUCCGAUAUGCUUUUUCGUAAAGUGGUCCCAUUUUUGGUUUUAUACAAAAUUUCCGGAUCCCGAAUCAGCGGCAUGUGUUCAAGUAGUAUGUGUGAGUGUCUAUUAGUGUGUCCAGUAUGAGUUGGUCUUCCUCGCGACUCAACUACUGGCGGCGGACGGUCAGCUUACACUGGUCCUUAAGUAAGUUAUAAUGGUGCAAUUAAAAAAACACAAAAAAAAAUACAAAACAUUUCGGAAUCAAUAAUAAAAAAAAAUAUUUAUUUUAAUGGCGAACGGCUUCCAUUGCUUUAAAGGUUUGAGAAAGAAGAAAAUUGUUUUUAUUUUAAACCACAUGAAUCAUUGUGUAAACGAAUGAAUCAUCAAAUAUAUUAAAUAAAAACAUAAAAAAUAUAUUUUUUUUAUUUAAAAAAAUAUCUAUUUUCUCGAACUUUCUUGUAGAAAUUGCAGAGCCUCGCGAUUUCUACAUAAUGUUAAUAAUUAGCAUCACAUUACAGACUCUCGGCAAAGCAGUCGAAUGACAAAAAAAAAACCCUAAAAUAGUCAAUUCGUGGUCAUUUCUGAUUCUUGUGGUGAUAUUUUCAUUUUAAAUAAUUCAUAUGCAAAUUUUCUUCUUUUUUAAUUAUAGUUAAGUCAUUGAAUAUAACAGUAAUACUUGUUCGCCCAAAAAUCGAAGAAUAAUGCUUUUAAAAUUUAAAAACUCCACCGAGCGUUUUAUUUACUUAGUAUUAAUGUAUUUUGUUUCAUAAGUCGCUCGCGCCAGUGACUGACUGGAGCUAGUAAGCAUACGAGCUACUAGACUCGUUCUAAAUUGAAAAAAAACUUAAAUAUCCAAAAAAAAUAAAUACUUCGGCAUUAAUUUCAUUUACUUAGUAUAUUUCUUAAUUACGUAGUAAUAAUGACAAAAAAAAAUACAAAUCUAUGGAAAAAAUAGAAAAAAAAAAUGAUCUCAGGUAUCAGUGUCGGUUAUUAUCAUUUUUUAUUUCAUCACCAUUUCUUUCAGACCGAAAAUCUGAGAGAGGUGGACGAAUCAGUGGAUGCAUACUCGGUGUCCUUUGCCUGAGUGUGUGUGGUCAGGGUAUGCAUUCAAGUAUGAAUGGAAACAAAGUGUACAUUGUCUCUGUGAUAACUCGAAGUUGCGUGAAAACUGGAGUCGGACGUAUUUUGUCAUCACACGAAAGAUCAAACAUGCAGCGCCUUUGCCGGCCGUAGAACGUCUAUAUACGUCGAACGGCUAAACGUCCGACGUCUAUGUACGUUGCACGUCUAUAUACGUCGACGUCAAACUCCCGUUCUCCCGUGACGUAUCCGCUCGUUGUGAAAAGCGACUAAAUCCGAUUUAAUGUUAUUUCAGUAGUUUUAAAGACCGUGUGACGACCUAGAACAGGGUAUUUUGAGGCUUAUUGCAGUAAGAGGCGUUUACCAUCGUGAGUCUUGUGCCUUAAGAUAUAAAGUUUAUAUUCAUAUAUUAAUUUUAUAGAAUUUUCAGAUGAUGUAAGAAUAAUUAUAGUACGUACAAUAUUUUAAAAAUCGAUUUUUUUUUUAAUAAACUCUUAUUUCAAAAUAACAAUUACAUUGUCUGCAAAUUCUAUAAAGGUAUCGCACACUAUCAACUUUAAGUUAAAUAAAUAAUCUAGUUAUGUAAAUAAGUGUAAAUAUGAUCUGGCAAACUAAAUCGGUUUGGUUAUUAUUUAUUAUGAAUUGUAUGACAUAUAAAAUUGUAAAAAUUGACAUUUAAUGUUAGGUGUGACAUUUGAAUUUUAUUUUUAAUUAUAUAUACAGCCAAAAGCGACAGAAUAAAUUACAUAUUGGGUUCUGUGUUUAUGGAAUACGAUUUGAAGAGUGAAAAGGGAAAUUAUUAUAAAUCAAAUAAUGUUUGCAUUUUUGUUUAACGAAAAGUAAAUACAUAGAUUACAUUUUCAUUUCUCCUCUUGAGGUCUAUUGAUAGGCAAGAGUUGUGAGGACACGUGUUUUGUCGAUUUGAUGUUAGAACGCGGCAAAAUUUCGCGCCAUUUCCCUUAGUCUAUGCUCGUUGUCUUUUGGCUACGUGCCAUACUACCUCUUUCGACUUUGUAUAUUGCGAGCUAUUCCGCUGUACAUGUGUGCUCAGGACUUUGCUUUACUGUACCCUAUUUACAUGUCACCCACAUAAAUAGCAGUACAUAUUUAAUACUUCAAAUUGCCUUUUGUAUUCUCGUCAAAAAAACAAAUUAAAUAAAAGGGACUUACUUUACUUUGCAUAAAGAAAAGUGUCAAAUUUGACGUGUAUAGGCGAUUUGAAGUAAAUGUGUUGUUAUUUUUGUAGGUGACUACCUACGACUAAAAGUUGUUAGUGUGUAAGAGGUCGCCGCGGUCAGUCUGCAUUUAAAUGUCAGUUCGUGUGUCGUGUGGCAGUACGCAUGUGCUGUGUUGUGAAGAGAAACAUAAAAAAACUCGAAUCAAAGAGAAUAAACAAGUUGGACUCUU